AUGGCAUUCUUGGAGUAUCGUUCGGCUUGCUCGGCAUUAGAUUUGGCUUGUUCAAGCAAGUGGGAUGUCCGUGCGGAUCCCGAUAUUGAUACUAUAGCACGUGAGGUGUACGUGCAUCACGAAGGUGAAGGAAACAACUUUAGGUUCACUGAAGGUCUCUUCAGAGUAGGAGUCUCGGUUGCGGUUGUAUUUGUGUGGCAUGUCAGUAAAGCAGCUGUAUUUGAUAAUAUGAGGUUGUUGGACCUAGAUUGGGUGCUAUCGGAUCUGAUUGCGUGUGUAGACGUGAGGUUCAGGUUUUGUAGGAAAUACCGGAUGUUGGAAAUUGGAUUCAGUGGUUUACGGGCUAAGGUUGAAUUGCUCUUAGAUAUGGUUGACUUUGAUAUCAUUCUGGGUAUGGAUUGGUUAUCACCCGAUCACGCCAUCUUAGACUGUCAUUCUACCCGUAGUGUCAUAUCGUACGUGAAGGCUCGACGUAUGGUCGAGAAGGGGUGUCUGGCCUAUUUGGCCUAUGUUCGUGAUUCCAGUGCUGAGGUCCCUCAUAUAGAUUCUGUGCCUAUUGUCCGGGAGUUUCCCGAUGUUUUUCCUUCGGACCUGCCGGGUAUGCCACCCGAUAGAGAUAUCGAUUUCUGUAUUGAUUUGGCUCCAGGCACCCAGCCCAUUUCUAUUCCGCCAUAUCGUAUGGCCCCGCCGGAGCUGAAGGAGUUAAAGGACCAAUUGAAGGAUCUGUUAGAUAAGGGUUUCAUUAGACCCAGUGUUUCGCCUUGGGUAUCAGCUAAGGGUAUUCAGGUGGACCCGAAGAAGAUAGAGGCAGUCAAGAACUGGCCUAGACCAGCAUCAGUGACGGAGAUUCAGAGUUUCUUGGGGUUAGCAGGCUACUACCGUCGGUUUGUGGAGGGGUUUUCAUCUAUUGCAGCCCCGAUGACCAGGUUGACCCAGAAGGGUGCCCAGUUCAGAUGGUCGGAGGAGUGUGAGGCGAGCUUUCAGAAGCUCAAGACAGCCCUG